AUGCCACCCAAAGCAACAAAGAGGAAGAAGGAGGGCCUCCAUGACGACGGUCCUUGGGGAUCUUCUGAGGAUCGACCGAGGAAGAAGACUCGGGCGUCAACAAACCGUCUCGGUGACCAGGACGAAGGUCAUUCAUCUCAGGCCAACAAGUACUUGUCGGGCUGGGUUGCCUGGCAGAACAAGUUCAACGAGAAGGAGAAGACUGAGAAGCGCCAAUUCGCGGACGACUUCAAGGAGAAGCUCCAAUCAAAGCAGAUGGAGAUCCAGAACCUCAUCAAUGCAUGCAACCACGAGUUGACUGCCACGGGAGACAAGUACAGCAAGCUGGUCAAGGAGGCCCACCAAGACAACAAGACCAGCUCCAAAGCCAGACCCCAACCGCAGGCUUUCGUUUCUCGUGCAGAGCACCCACUGUUCAAGGCUGGCCAACACAUUUUCCAAACCUGCCGCGAGCUCGUUGCAGCUCACGAACGGGCCAAUUCGAAGGCAUCGCAGGACAAGACUAAGCUUAAUCUGCCACGCGAGCAGUGGAAGGAGGACAUCGCCAGCGUACAGGAACUGCUUCUCUAUGGCCGGCAGCAUGGAGAAAACCUUGUGGACUGUGUCAUAAUUCCGUCGGGCAGCAACGAGGAGAAGAGUCGUUUGUUGACGCCGGACACAAAGGGGCUGAGCGAGACAGGUACCAUGGCUGUCAAUAUGUACCGCAAGAGCACCGGGGCAAUCAACGGGAGUGGACCGACAUGGGGCGAGCUGGCGAAGAGCCAUGCUGGUGCCUUUGGGAAGAUCCUGGAAGAUUUGGCUGACGCCUGA